ACUUCCGGACUCUGACCAGACAAAAAAGGAGGCACUUAAGGUCGCAUGUGUCUCGUCGAAUCAUAAUCGAACAAUCAUUGUAAACAGUUGACAGUUGCGUCUAAGAAAGAACUUCCUGUGUCUUUUAUGUGUGCGUCUGCCUUCCCACGGUAUCAUAUUGCAACAGCAUAAGCAGCGGUGCUGCUUUCACCUCCGGCAGUUUGUCGCUCCACCUUAAAAAACCGAUGUCAGCUUUCAUGCAGUUUUUUGUUUUUUUUUCAUCGACGUCAACCGCAUACGGAAAGAAACAGAGGCUUUCUUCAUAUUUCGUAUGCCUGAGUCAGAAUAUGGACAGACAGCCAGACACUGGUACCAAUUUUAAACCAGUCUGACUGCGACAGCUGUUGAUUUAUCUGCCAUCAAUUCGAGGAAGACACUGUGUCCAAGGAUACUCGCGACACGACCAUCGUUGCCCAGAGUGUGGCCCAGGCAAGAGCCCGCGACCGCCACAUCAGGCACCAUGAUGGAAGGGGGCAUGCAGCUGCUCAACCGCGAUGGCCACAGCAUCUCACACAACUCCAAGCGCCACUACCACGACUCUUUCGUGUCCAUGAACAGGAUGCGACAGCGAGGCCUGCUGUGUGACAUUGUGCUCCAUGUCUCGAACAAAGAAAUCAAGGCGCACAAAGUGGUGCUAGCAUCCUGCAGCCCCUACUUCCACGCUAUGUUUACCAAUGAGAUGUCGGAAAGUCGGCAGACCCACGUGACCCUUCAUGACAUCGACCCUCAGGCUUUGGAACAGCUAGUCCAGUACGCCUAUACGGCCGAGAUUGUGGUCGGGGAAGGCAAUGUGCAGACGUUGCUCCCAGCAGCGAGCCUGCUGCAGCUCAACGGGGUGCGGGACGCCUGCUGUAAGUUCCUCCUCAGCCAGCUGGACCCCUCCAACUGCCUGGGCAUCCGAGGCUUCGCUGACACGCACUCCUGCAGUGACCUGCUGAAGUCGGCACACAAGUAUGUCCUGCAGCACUUUGUAGAGGUGUCCAAGACAGAAGAGUUCAUGCUGCUGCCACUGAAACAGGUCCUUGAUUUGAUUUCCAGCGACAAUCUCAACGUGCCAUCAGAAGAGGAAGUGUACCGGGCUGUGUUGAGCUGGGUGAAACAUGAUAUAGAUGGACGCAGGCAACAUGUACCUUGGCUGAUGAAGUGUGUACGGCUGCCACUGUUAAGGCGAGACUUUCUCAUGAGCAAUGUGGAUACAGAGCUGCUGGUGCGUCAUCACUCGGAGUGCAAGGACCUGUUGAUCGAGGCUUUGAAGUACCACCUGAUGCCUGAGCAGAGGGGAGUCCUCAGCAACAGCCGAACACGCCCCCGCCGCUGUGAGGGCGCCAGUCCUGUGCUCUUCGCCGUUGGUCAGUGUACCCCUGAAGGUGGAGGCAGCCUGUUUGCUAUUCAUGGAGACUGUGAGGCAUACGACACCAGGACAGACCGCUGGCACAUGGUGGCAUCCAUGUCUACUCGGCGGGCUCGAGUGGGCGUGGCAGCCAUUGGCAACAGACUCUAUGCUGUUGGAGGGUACGAUGGCACCUCAGACCUCGCAACCGUUGAGUCGUACGACCCCAUCACUAACUCCUGGCAACCUGAGGUUUCCAUGGGAACACGGCGGAGCUGUUUGGGUGUAGCUGUCCUGCAUGGCCUGCUGUACGCUGCUGGAGGUUAUGAUGGAGCUUCUUGUCUCAACAGUGCAGAGCGUUAUGACCCUCUGACCAGUACAUGGACCUCAAUUGCUGCCAUGAGCACCCGUCGAAGAUACGUCCGAGUCGCAACUCUGGAUGGCAGCUUGUACGCAGUGGGAGGUUAUGACAGCUCCUCACAUCUCGCAACAGUGGAGAAAUAUGACCCCCAGAACAACGCAUGGACAGCCAUCGCCAAUAUGCUGAGUCGGCGCAGCAGUGCCGGGGUGGCCGUGCUGGACGGCAUGCUGUAUGUCGCAGGAGGCAAUGAUGGCACCAGCUGCCUGAACUCAGUGGAGCGGUUCAACCCCAAGACCAACACCUGGGAGGGAGUGGCCCCCAUGAACAUACGCAGGAGCACUCAUGACCUGGUGUCAAUGGACGGCUGGUUAUACGCAGUGGGAGGUAAUGAUGGCAGUUCCAGUCUGAACUCCAUCGAGAAGUACAACCCACGCAGCAACAAAUGGGUCGCAGCCUCCUGCAUGUUCACGCGGCGCAGCAGUGUGGGCGUGGCUGUGCUGGAGCUGCUGAACUUCCCACCCCCCUCCUCACCCACCCUCUCGGUUUCCUCCACUAGCCUUUGACAGGAGGUCGCCGCUUGGCUGAGUUCAGCCUCUGCUGCUACAGCCCAGACUGGCUCUGGGAAGAGACGCAACUGCUCGGUUUGAUGGGGGGAGGAGGAAGAGGACGGGAGCGGACAGGUAAAUGGAUGGAAUGGGGAGAAGAGAAAGAGGAAGGCUGUGAAUUAGGCUCCUGGUUAGGUUAAUAUACAGUAUCCUCAAGAAUGAGUGGCACUCUCGGUAAAGAUUUGCCAGCCAUGGUUUAAAAAAAUGUGUAACAAAAGUCAUGAAUUU